AUGGAACUGUGGAAGUUUGGAUCGUUGGAUGGUGAGGACCAUAGGAUAAAAUCUCAGGCAUCCUCAAUCACGUCGGGGGCCGGCGACGUGCGGUCCAGCCCUCGGAUGAACUUGGGCACCAUUUUCUGCGGGUUCCUAAAGACAUCGGAGAUCCCGGCAUUUGAGGGGUUAGCCUCAGCACAUCAUGAUCAGCGCCCAGGGCCCAAGCUCGCUCAGCAUAUGAGGUAG